AUGUCGGACACAGCGAACCAGGCAAUGGCUGAUGCCACCAUUGAUAUCGACAUGGAUCUCGAUCUGGGACUGGAGCCUGAACCGGAACCUGAACCCGAGCUCAUCCAAACUGAGACUACCAUUCAGGACACUAUCAUCGAACCGCCUACGGAUGAAGCAGUAUAUGAAAAAGUUCACGUGCGCGGCGUGGACGAAUUAUCCACCGAGGACAUCAAGAAAUUCGCGACCAGCCACUUCGAGCACGAGGCACCUACACGCGUUGAAUGGAUCGAUGACACCUCGGCUAACCUCAUAUACUCUUCCACCGAUGUGGGCCUUCAAGCCCUCUUGGCCCUGACUCAGGUCAACGACGCAGAAGAUGCCUCCGCCCUACCACCCCUUCGUCUUCGGUCAGCCAAACCCAUCGCAAGUCACCCGGACUCUGUCUUGCAAGUAAGAUCCGCCGUCAAGUCAGACCGCAAGCAGGCACGUUCGUACGAAAAGAGUCGCUUUUACCUUAUGCACCCCGAACACGACCCCCGCGAACGUCUGCGCGAGGAGCUUGCGGAGAGAAGACAAAAUGACGGCGAUUACAGGCGCAAUCGAUUUGACGAUCGGGAAUUACGUCGACGAAGGGAUCGCGACGGCGAUGAAAAUUUCAGCGCCAACAUGUACGAUGAUCAACCUGAGAGCCACUCGGGGCCAGGGCGUGGCCGUCCCGACCGAAGACAGCGAGGACCGCGAGAACUGUUCCCAACAGACGACCGAGCAUCUGGACGACUCCGCAAUCGCAGUGCCUCCCCUGGCAGAGAUACUCUUGAGGAAGGAAGCCAUGUCGAUCGAAACCCCGACACUCGUAGAAGGUUCCGUGAACGAUCGCCCCAACUUGCUCAAAACAAAGGCAAGGAGCUUUUCCCAUCCGAAUCUGGCACCCGUGAACUGUUUCCCAACAAGCCUGCAUCGAGUUAUAUCAAAAAGGAACUCUUCCCCAGCAAAGCGAGUGGUCACCGUCGAUCUGAUGCGUUCGAUGCUGCAGACGAGACUCCGGAUCUUCUGGGACGGAGAAUCACCGCCCCCCUUGGCCAUGCUGGUCCCGACCACCGGAUCCGCGGAAUAGCGAACGAGGAUCAAGGCUUUGCGAUUCGAGGCAGCGCCGGCAUCUCGAUCAAAGGACGAGGCGCAUCAGUUCGUGAACUGUUUCCAUCCAAGUACGACAGUCAGGUGGGACAAUCAGCCAAUGCAGGGAAAGAGCUUUUCUCUGAUACUCUGGAGGGACGUGGAGGACGUCGGCGGAGAGCAGAGGACAUGAUGAAUUAA